UUGUUUCCCGAGUAUUUUAGAAGCUUCCAGAGGCGCGAGGACUACAUCGGCGAUUGUGGGGCUACUUCUCGAAGAAUCGAAGUUUCCCAGAAACCUAUUAUUAGGUGUAUUCUUCGUCGGAGAUAUUAUUCGACUGAGUAAUUGUAUGUGGAUGAUUUGGUUGUAAUCGCGUUGUCAUUCUUGUACUUUAGGUGGACUAUUUAGUUAUUAAAUUGUGAAGUUUCCUUUUUUGGAUUUGGGAUGCCAUUUGUGGAACAUAUUCCAUCAUGAAAGUUUUCUCACUUAAAUCUGCAUCCUACGGCAACUACGACGACCUCUCUCCUACGUUUACUUUUCUUAUUUCGGAACAAAUGGCUAAGAUGAGCAAUGUAGAGGUCGGGAUGCCGUUGCCGUCGAAAUCGCCCCAACCCCCAGCUGCAAGCGAGGCUCUGACCUCGCCUAAUCCGCCCCCGGAAUCAAAGCCUAAGAAGAAGAUAUGCUGCGCCUGCCCAGAUACGAAGAAGCUGAGAGACGAAUGCAUCGUGGAGCACGGCGAGGCUGCCUGCGGGAAGUGGAUUGAAGCCCAUAAACAGUGCCUCCGCGCCGAGGGGUUUAAAGUUUGACAGUAAUCUUGACGGCAAAAGAUAAAUAAAUUUUUGAAGGGACUAAUAGAUCGUGACUUACACAGGAACUGGAGCUUCAUUUAACUGAAUCAUGCACUGUUUCUUUUUGGGAUUCGCAUGAAUAAACAUGGCCAGAUGUUAUCUUUAGGGUCAAAGUUAAAAGUCAUCUUGAUGUUUUAACUGAUUUAUCUUAAGUUACUUUUAACUGAGAAGAAAUUUAUUUAUA